AUGUCGGUCGAUUUGGUCCCCGAAGAGCUCGGCUUCAGAAGGCCAUUCAACCAUGAAGUUAGUCAAGUCCUAAGGAUUACGAACAACAACUCUACUCCUGUUGCGUUCAAGGUCAAGACAACCGCUCCCAAACAAUAUUGUGUGCGACCAAACAGUGGCUUGGUGAGACCUCAUGAUGCCGUCGAGGUGCAAGUGCUGCUACAAGCCAUGAAAGAGGAUCCUCCACUCGACGCACGCUGCCGCGACAAAUUUCUCGUUCAGUCCGUUCAGGUCGACGAGACUGACGAGAACAACGUCGCAGCCCUUUGGUCAAACAUCGAGAGGACCGCUAAAGGCUCAAUACAGGAGAAGAAGAUUCGUGUGCAAUUCCUGCAGGCAGGCAGCGGCUAUGACGCUCCACAUGUUAACGGUGGCCUCGCCUCGACGAGCGAAGAACAGCCACCAGCUUAUGCUGCAUCGAGUUACGGUUCUCCUGGCCCCGCCAGCGACGUUAAGAGCACGUCUGGCACAACCAGCGUAAAUCGUGCGGUCACUGCGGCCGCCGAAACAACCAGCAACACCGCUUCAUCUGCCGCCGCGUCGGUAUCCAACGCUAUACCAAGAUCCCAGGAUGACGUAAACGCACAACUUGCGAGCGCUCGAGCACAAAUCACAGAAUUGACGAACCAGCUCGCAGAUCCGCAAAUCAGACAGCGCAAGAUCGCAGAAACACAAGAGAAGGUCCAGCAGGUCGUACAACAGGCUCAGAAUACUGGUGUUCCUCUACAGAUUGUGGCCCUUCUAUGUCUGGCGAGUUUCUUGAUCGCAUACCUGUUCUUCUAG